CGAUUGGACAUGGACAUCCCUUUUGUAAACAUCAAAUGUGUUGAGUCGACUGAUUGUUAUUGUUAGCUUUUUCUUGGUGUUUCGUUUGAGAUUUUCCUAGCAGUGAAAUUCGUCAUUAUUUUAUUCAUUGUCUGUUCAGAAAGAAUCCGAAAGUAUUACCAAUAUGUCGCAGGCGGUCAAGGCUCAGCUGGAAGUGAAAUCCAAGUGCGAACAAGCGCAGCAUACCAUCAAAGGGCUGUAUGAUUGGGAGCAGGAAGUGAAGCAGAAGGAGGCCCAGUCUCGACAGCAAGAUAAAGAGGAAGGAUUUACGACACCGAUCAGAAGUCAUGUUGAUAAAAUGAAUAAGUUUGCGGAAGAUCAACUAGCUUCAGAAAAACAGGAAUUAUUCAGCGAAUCAACUAUUUCGAAGGAUGUCAAUGAAGCAGAGCAUUAUAACAGGAAAGGAAAUGAGUUUUGUAGAAUGGCUAAAGGUGGAGCAGAUGCAAGCUCGUACAAUGAAAAGCUCGACCUUGAUGCUAUCGAAAUGUAUACCCAAGCUAUUGAACUCAACAGUCACAAGCCAGAUUAUUAUCUUAACCGAGCCUAUUGUUAUUUCAAGCUAGAGCGAUAUGAAGAAUGCAUUUCUGAUUGUAAUUCUGCAAUUGAUCUGGAUAAUACGUAUACCAAUACAUACUACCGUAGAAUGUUGGCGUAUGAAUACAUGGGCAAUAGUGCAACAGCCUACACAGAAUGUCAAAGAAUUUUGAAAAUGACGAAAGAUGCUUCUGAUAUAACAAGAACCAAACAAGACAUGCAGAGGAUUGAAGGACGAUUGAGAACUGAAGCAGACAAGCAUAAGGCUUUGGGAAAUAAGUAUCUCUCAAGUAAGGACUAUGAACAAGCAUGUGACUGUUUCACGAAGGCCGUUUCCGUCUUUCCUAAUGAACCUAUCUAUUAUAACAAUCGUGGCUUAGCUUAUUAUCACCUAAAGAAUUAUGACAGCUGUUUGGAAGAUUGUAAUAAAGCCAUUGAGCUGGAUAAUAAUUACUUUCGCCCUUACUACCGGCGAGCAUGCGUUCAAGAGCAUCGUGGAAACUACCAAGAAGCCAUAAGAGACUUGAAAAAGUUCCUUGAAUUAGUGAAGGACGAGAAACAAAGGCAAACCGCGGUAAGAGAUUUGGAACGUUUGCAACAGCUUCUCCAUAAAGAGAAAAACCCUGAGCCUCAUAAUUGGGAUGAACUACGGAAGAAUACGUCCGUUAUUAAUUUCACCCAAAAAGCUCCUCAUCUACGUUCUAAGAAACCACUGAAAAGGAUUGCUAUCUCUGAAGUUUCUUGCUCUGUCGAUCCAAAAUCAAAUCCUUCCAACUAUGUCAUCGCAUCCAAUUACGAAACAAUUCCAGACUCAGUCAUUGACAAAAUAUUCAACAAUAAUACCGGUGAACGUGUAGUGGAACCAAAAGUGGAAAACAAGUUGGAACAUCUGUUUCCAUCGUCUGCGAAGUCCAAGUUAAUGCAACUUUUUUCGCCUCCCACUACACCAUCAAGUCCACCUAGUGAACCAUUCGGUAAACCAACAGCAAGUUGUGAAUCCAAUUCCUUUGGUAACAACAGUAACAAAGUGCCUAGCUGUCCUGAGUUGCAUGAAAAAGGAGCAACGACUAUUAAGCCGAUCUUGGAUUCAAAGAACCGCUCCAGUAUGCCGCAGCCAGCAGAACAAGUGAAACAAGAGAAAGAAAAGAUUAAUCAAGGAAACUGCCCAUCGGGAAUUGCUCAAGGAACCGAAUGCAAAUCCGGAGAAUCCUCUCAAACGGCAAACACACAAGCAAAGAUGUCACCCGAAGAAAAACAAGAAGAAAGAUCUAAUAUUAAAGCGUCUGGCUUGUCAGGCACGUCAAAUCCAUUCCCUUCUAUUCCGUCGAGUAGCGUCAAGUUUUACCAUUCCUGGUGUAACUUGAAGACAGCCGAAGAGAAAUACCAAUAUUUGAAGACACUUGAAAACGCACCGCUACACAAACUGUUGGGAGUAAACUUGGGCAGUGACAUGUUGUCGGAUAUUCUACAAGUACUUAAACAAUUCUGUCUACAGGACAAAACUUCACCAAUGAAAAUUCUCAGCGAAAUUGCAAUGAACAAAGAAUCUGGAAUACUAAUCAUGAUGCUUGGCGAAAAAGACAAACAUGCUCUAAUUCAGCUUCUGGAACUGAUGAACGAACUGAACGACGACAAAGAUCAAAUUCUCACGAUCAAAAAAAGCUUGAUCAUUUAAUCUCCCGUAGCACAGCGAGACAAAGACAAUUCUUUAAACGUAAGUCAUUUUUAACUGAAUUAUUCCUUCCGGCAUUGAUUGGUGCAAGAAUUAUAACUUUGAUGACAUAU